CUUGGCCUUGGUCGAUUCGUACCUCGAAAUCCGAUGAACGGACAACGGGCAAUGCUGCGGGAUACCGAAAGCGGAAAACUGUUUACAUCGUGCUGCUGUAUGACGGGAAGCGCUGUGACUGGCGAACCUUCCGUCUUUCAGGCACUCGGACCGUUGAUUGGGGCUGCCCGAUGACGUAGGCAUGUCGUACCUUGGAAAUGACGUCGUUUGAAGAAGGAGGACGGAUUUGUUCAGUUUCCUUUUAUAUCGUUGUUGCUCCUCUGAUUCCAGGAGAAGACGAAACAACAAUUAGAGAGCCAUCAUCCAACCCAAUCCAGCCCAACCACGCGAAUAACACAAAAUGGUCGGCACGCACAACCUCCAAGCUUCCAAGCUCUUCAACGUCGAUGGCUGGGCCUGUCUCGUCACGGGCGGCGGCACCGGCAUCGGUCUGAUGAACGCCCAAGCGCUUGCUGCCAACGGCGCCCGCGUGUACAUUACGGGGCGGCGGUAUGGGGUUCUUGUGAAUGCGGCCAAGGAACAUAGUCCCAAAGAGGGAAAUGGCAAGAUUAUUCCCAUCGGCCCCUGCGACGUCACCAACAAAGAGUCACUUGAAUCCCUCGUGCACAAGUUCUCGUCGCUUGAACCGCAUCUCAACCUGCUCGUCUGCAACGCCGGCAUCUCGGGCCCCAAAGCCGACCCGUCCGUCUCCUCGUCGGCCAAGGACAUUGCCCACGAGCUCUGGACCAAGGAAAACUUUUCCGACUGGUCGUCCGUCUUCACCACCAACGUUUCGUCGGUUUAUUUUACUACCAUCGCCUUCUUGCCUCUGCUGCAAGCCUGCAGCGCCGCCCACCCCGAGGGCCACAACCACAUGGCGGGCAACGUGAUCGUCAUCAGCUCCAUGUCGGGCAUCAUGCGCAACGCGCAGAAACACUUUGCCUAUAACGCGUCCAAGGGGGCGACGGUGCACUUGACCAAGCUGAUGUCGACCGAGUUUGAGAAGACGGGCGUGCGGGUGAACUCGAUUGCGCCCGGGUAUUUCCCGAGCGAGAUGACGACGGGGGAGAGUGAUGAGCAGAAUAAGAGCGACUUGUCGGAUGACAAGGUCAAGGGACACGGUCACAAGGUGCCGGCGCAGAGGGCGGGGCAUGAUGAGGAGAUGGCCAUGGCAGUGCUGUUUUUGGCCAAGGAUCGCUAUGUCAACGGGAGUGUGAUUUGUGUGGAUGGCGGUGUUUUGGGGGUUGUGCCUGGUAACUGAGGUGAAUACCUAUUCAGGUGAGGAGGAAGAAGGAAACGAUAACAGCAGCAGCAUAUCGAUGGCGUUCGGAGUUUGGCCUGCAAACAAUGAUGAUGACGCAGGGUAUAAGGUUACAGGAAACAAUUCAUCACAUGGAGAUAUUACGCUUGCUGGGUGCCUUUUUGAGGUGGUCUCUGCGGAUCAGAAGAAUAACAGUCAAUACGUCUCGCUCGCUUUCACAAAAGUGUAACAGGGAGUACAAUGAUAUACGAAAUGCUUAGAAGCUAGAUCCAAAGAUCGAACAAAGAUGCGUGGAUGCACGUAA